GUGAUACUAGACAGCUACCAAGCAUAGACCCAGGAAACAUGUUUGCUGAUAUCUUUGAGGGUCUAAAAUCAAAAGGCUUUUCUGUGGAACUGCGAACUAAUCACAGAGCUGAAUCACAACUAAUUGUAGAUAAUGCAUCAAGAAUCUCUCACCGGAAGCUUCCUGAGUUUGACGAGGUGCUGAAGGUUUCUGAUUGGAAUGAGGACGUGACGAUGCCGAGCCCGGAGAAGAAAUUCAUUCUUAUUGCACUGCCUGCUGGCGGGGGCUCUAACAAUUUGCAAGCUGCCAUAAAGACUUUACUUAAAAAAGGACCAGGAUUGGAGGAUGCCAGUCAAUCACAGUUCAUUGCUUUCAGGAGGCAAGAUUGUGAUCUAAUAAAUGAACUUUGUUGCCAACACUACUCAAAUCACGUAACCAGAGACCAUAAAAACCGACUUUUAUUUCAAAUUGAUGACAAGAUUUCCUGCAUGCGGAAUACGUAUCUCAGGGAUCUCUUGCCAGAGCGUGGUUUCAGGGAGGACCCUAAUCACCAUGAAUGCAAAAGUGGAGAAACCACAUUCACUACAGAGCCUGCUGAGGAGGACAAACGACUAUGCAAUGGGGAUAUAUUUUUCAUAACAGGGGAUGUAGAGGUUGAUAAACAACGCUUGCUGACCCUCAGCAGCACCUACGGCUCCACUUUCACUGUGAAGUACGCAGCACUGAAGAAGCUGUGUCGCAUCAGACAUGCAUGGGCCAGAACUAUUCACACGUUUCAGGGUUCUGAGGAAAAAACUGUUGUCUACGUGGUCGGCAAUCCCGGCCGCCAGCACUGGCAGCACGUGUACACCGCUGUGACCAGAGGACGCUGCCGCGUCUAUGUUGUAGCCGAAGAGCUGCACCUCAGGAGAGCUGUCACCAACAAGAACGUGCCCAGAAAAACUCGACUGCAGAGAUUUUUGAGAGAGGCCAUCGCAGAAACAAGCAGCUGUCCCAGGCAAACUUCCUCUCCCCUGCCAAAGAGCUGGCAGAGUCAAGAGCUUGAGACUCGGUCUGUUUCUGUAACUCAGGGUGCUCCUGAACAUCUGACUGACUUGAUUGAACAGGAAGGGUCAGCAGGUCUCAAUAAAGAGGAGCAGAAGGGCAGUGUGCAGCAAAGUCCAUGUAAAAGACAACAAACUCUUGCGGAGAAUUCUGAGGAUGCUACGAAAAAACCCUCUGUAAAAGAUUCCCCACUUGGGUCUUCCAGACUUAAGAAUCUAACUUUGGGAAAUCCAACUCCUAGGAAGCUUUUCAAAAGCUAG